UCUCCCUUCCGCGCUUUAGAAAGUUACCUGUUGUGUUUGCGUGCCUUGGAAGUAGGCCUAUGCGUGUUUAUUUUUUUUUUCUUCCUGAUUUACUGAAAUUGACGCGACAAAGAGAGCGUGGAGCGUGGUAGUUCCUGAAAACAGCAACAGAAUGGGUCCCAAGGGAGUGUUUGCAGUGCUGUUCAUGGCAGCCCUGAGCAGCAGCCAGCUUGCAAUGGUAGCCUCUUAUCCCGCUUCUGGGGCUGUGCUGAGCGAGUCGAAUAAUGGCAACACGAAGACGGGAGAGUGCGCAUAUUCUGACUCUAAUGGAAGGCAGAUUAAGAUCAGUUACACAGAGACAGCCUCAGGGGAAAUAACGAUAACUUCUGGUAGUGGGUACUACGAAGAUGGCAAAGAGGACCUCCGCAAGUGCCGUCAAGCAGCUGAACAGGCACAGAGGGAAGCAGAGAAGGCUGUUGAAGAAUACAUGAAAUCAAUCAGUGACCUGGACAAGAAUUUCAAGAACCAGGAGGAAGAAUUGGAGAAGACUAUGAAGGAUCUUGAUGCACAGGUGGGCGGCAGUGGAGGAGUAGGUAGGGUUGGUGAUGGUAAUGAGAGGUUGCUGAUGGUGCUGGCCUUCAUUUUCUCCGCUUUGUGGAAACAAGUGGAGUUCCUCUAAGAUUAGGAUGGGGUCCCUAUGAGAAGAGGCCUGCCUGCCUGACUGCCUGUCUACCUGCCCAUCCACUGACACUGCACGCAGAGUUGCAUCUUGGUAUCACAGGGCAAUCAGGGGCCCUGCAGUUUGCAUCUUUUGGUUAUGGAAAAAAAAAAGAUUAGGAAGUAUCAGUCUUUUAUCUUACUCCCAUGUUCCAGUUAGAAAAGGAAAUCUAAUAAGAAACUGAUAUGAUCCCUUUUUUUCUUCUUUUUCUUUUUCAUCUAAGAUGAUGAAAAAGAAGCAAGAUCCAACCAGUAAGAAAGUUGAUCAGAAACACAAAAUGUUUAUUCACAGUUCAGUCACUCUUGCCAUCAAAUUCCCUAAAACUGAACAUGGAGGAUCAUAACCCAAUCAGUUGUUUAUUAUAAGAUCAAGGUAUCACUUUGAGAUUAAAAGAAAAAGAUAUGAGGUUCCUAAUUAAUUGAUUUGUCCAUGAUCGUGUUUCUUAAUUUGGCUUGUUACGUCAGGUAAUAACCUCAUUUGUGAAAGAAGGUGGAAAGUUGUGAUAAAAGCUUUAAUCAUGGUUUUCUUUACUCCUUUGCUGGAUAGGUUGUAUGUCUCUUGUUAUGUGUAUGACUGUAUUUGAAGCCGUGUUAAUAUAUAUAUUCCUGUGUGAUGAAGUUAUAUUUCCAGUAAUCAAUGUUAUAUAUCAUUUACUAGCUUACUAGAUCAAUAAUAUUGGAAUCUCACAAAUGUAAUCUCAGUAUUAGGUGUAAUUAUUUAUCUGUGUAGCUAAAUUAUUUAUGAUAACUUGUAAAAUUAGUUCUAUAAUGUAAAUCAAAAAAAAAGGUUAUAGAUACA